ACUCGGUGGUGCCUCCCUUUGAAUCCUCCGUGUGGAAACAAACCUCCUCCUCCUCCUCCUCCUCGGUGUUUGAGCGCCCGCUGGCUGUCAUUCGUCCAAAGACGGAGAUCCAGCCGGUGCGAUCGUCGUGGCGCUGGCGGAGUGGUGGAGCAGCGAGAGCCGCAUGUAAAUGAACACCUCCACCUCCUCCAGCACCUCCUUCACCUGAGGAUCUCCACGCGGGGCAGACUGUGACUUGUCCCGUCAUCAUCAGAGGAGAAGCAGCUCGCCUCGUGCAGGAGAUAAAGAGGUUAAACUGCACUACUUUUCUUUUUUUUUUUUUUUUUUUUUUGUAACGUUGUCCGAUAAUCGCUGCCGUGUGGCGCCCGACGUCUCUCUGCUCCAACACGGACACAGCGCCUCUCUGCCGACACCUGCUGACCAUGUGGAGCGUGUGCGCAGCGGUCCUGGCACUCGCCGCCGCCGUCGCCCUCGGCUCGGCGGACUCGGACGCACACAGGCCGAGACACGACUCCAACCUCGAGAUCUACAAGCGGCUGUUUGAGACCAAGAGGAAAGAUCAGCUGAACGCGCUCAAGAAUCUGGUAGAGCUCAACGACAUCAAUCAACAGUACAAGAUCAUAGACAUCAUGCUCAAAGGACUCUUCAAGGUGCUGGAGGACUCGAGACAAAUCCUGGUUUCGGCCAACAUGCAGCCUGAUGACCCUUUCCCGAUGGACGAUAAGAUCAAAGAAGCUUAUUCCCACGUGGUGGAGAAUACGGCGUUUUUUGGCGACGUGGCGUUGCGUUUCCCCCGCAUCGUCCACCACUACUACGACCGGAACUCCGACUGGAGCGGCCUGCUGCGCUGGGGGCUGAAUUUCUGUAACCAGACGGGGGUUUUCACAGGAGGAGCCCACCAGCAUGUCCUCACACUCAUGUCACAGGAGCUGGGAAUAACGGAGAAAUCCCCAGACUUUACAAACCCGUACCGCACAGAGAGAGACGACGUGCUCCACACUGCCGAGGCUUUCCAGAAGAUCCUGAGGGAGGAGGAGAAGAGGAGGAGGAAAGAAGAGAAGAGGAAAGAAAUCAGGAAAGGCCCACGCAUCUCUCGCUCCCGCACCGAGCUAUAGCACUGCACCUCAGUGUUUGUGGAGAGCAGGGACCAACAGAGAGAGAGAGAGGGAGAGAGAGAGAGGGGGGAUGGAAGCCUACGCACAGUCCACAAGGGGUGGCUUGACUUGUAGACUCCGAUGACGGUGAAGUACAAAAAAAUAAAAGCCAGGUGCUCUGUUGUAAGACGGGAGAGAGAGAGGGAACUUCAGAGUGACACGAUAACGGUAAAAGUGGAAGUGGAGGUUGAGUCAGUCUGUGACGAAAGCCUGAAUCGCUGCACACUUACAGUGAUUUAUCAUUUGGAAAUCUUUGUACGAGAGGCGAAAGCUGCCUCCGGGAAGAGGAGUCGAUAAGGGUACACACACUUUUUUUGAUAACUUGAGGAUUACAUAACUGUACUUUUGGAAUAUCAUUAAUUUUAGUCUAAUAAAUUUGCUUCGAACCUUUGCAGAAACCUCACUGUAAUUGUGUCUGGUCUAAGAUUUAACGUGUCUAAAACUCAUACGCUUCAAAUCUUGUGUGGUUGCCAAAUAUAAAUUUGACCCCAUCUCGUUAAAUUUGGCCGGUUUCUGGUUAGUUUACGCUUGAAUCGAUGGUUCUGUUUUAGUUUUGAUUUGUUUGAGAGAUUUCCAGAGAGAUGUUUGUGAAUAGGCAGAUUCAUGUUCUUACUGCUGCUCCGAGUUUAAAGGACACAUCUAUAAACAGUAUAACGGUAUAUAUCGAUUGGUUUGAACUCUUCUUUUAUCACCAUGAUCGUCUGUGAAUUUUCCUUUUCCAUAUUUUUGUAAUCUCUUGUAAAGCAGUUAUCAUUCCGCACCAGUAUCUCUGUCUGUUUACCUUUAUUUGAUCACGUCAACCAGACGGACAGUACGACCCUCCAUCCUGCAGCCCUGCACCUGUUUCUGUGUUUAAAUAUUUUUUAUUUCGGAUUUUUAUGAUUUUUUUUUGUUGACAAAACGACAUAUUUUAAUGGUUUAGAUCUAUGGAAUUGAGAUUGAUGUAAUUUUGAAAUAGUAUUACGACUGUUAUUAAAAAAACAAACUAUAUGUAUAUUCAGAGAAAGAAUAUCAUUGCUGCAGAAUGAACAAGCCAUUUUGUUAUCAAAUCUAAUGAAAUAAAGUGACUCUGAUAUGUACAAAAAAAAAA